ACAAUAAAGGUUCCACCUAAAAAAGGCAGCAAGCUGAUGCAAGCCGACUCUCAGAUUCCACUUCCUUCUUCUUCCUCCGCGGAAACCAAAGCGAAAGAGGAAAAAUUGAAAUCAUCAAGCUCCGGGAUGGCCGAGGAGGAGGAGCGCUACUUCAGGAAGAAGGGUUCUUAUAUCAUAAUGGCUGGUUUCAGUCAUUGGCAUCUCUUGUUGCUGCUCCUGGCUUUGUUUCAGCCGAGCAACGCCAUGAACUCAGAGGGGAAGGCUUUGUUGGCCCUUUCCAACAGCUUGAUAUUACCUCCGUCGGUGAACUCCACCUGGAAUUCUUCAGACCAAAGCCCCUGUAGAUGGGUGGGAAUCCAUUGCAGAAGAGGAUUUGUGACUUCAAUUGAGCUUGCUGAGCAGGGAAUUUCUGGUUCAUUGGGGAAAGAAAUUGGGUUGUUAAGUCGUAUGAGGAAACUAGAUCUCGGUAUCAAUGAGCUUUCUGGAAGUAUACCUUCAGAAUUAGGCAAUUGCACUUUCCUUCAGUACUUGGAUCUCUCAAUCAACUACCUUUCAGGUGAGAUACCGGUGACCCUUCAGAACCUCAAGAAGUUGUCAUACUUGUCACUUUUCACUAAUUCAUUGAGCGGAAAUAUACCGAGUCUUUUAUUCAGCAAUCCCUAUCUUGAGACAAUCUAUCUUAAUGACAACAACCUCAAUGGCUCAAUCCCUUCCUUUGAUGGAAACACUUGCAGGGUUAAAUUCCUAUGGCUUGGUGAAAACAAUCUCUUUGGCCCUUUACCUCACUCAAUUAGCAAUUGUAGCGAGUUAGAGCAACUCUAUCUAUAUAUGAACCAAUUGACAGGGCCUAUUCCAAGGACCCUAGAUGAUCUGAAAGAAGUUGAUGUUAGCGAAAAUGGUCUAGCAGGGAACAUUCUGUUCGGCUCAGAUACUUGCAAGCUGGAGAAGUUAGUUUUGUCUUUCAACCAAUUUGAAGGUGAAAUUCCAGUAGCAUUGGGUAAUUGCACCAAUUUGGUAAACUUUUCUGCUGUUAGCAACAACCUGUCAGGAGAGUUACCAUCAACACUCGGCUUGUUGACAAAGCUCGAGUAUCUUUACCUGUCUAUCAACUCUUUGUCAGGGUCAAUUCCUCCUGAGAUAGGCCAAUGCCAAUCCUUGAUUUCAUUGGAGAUGUAUGAGAACCAACUAGAAGGGUUCGUUCCGAGAGAAUUGGGUUAUCUGAGAAAUUUAGAGACCAUUUCACUUUUUAGUAAUAAUCUGACUGGAGAGAUUCCAAUCGAAGUUUGGAGAAUCCCCAAUUUAACAACUGUGCUUAUCUACGACAACAACUUCUCUGGAGAACUGCCUAUCCAAAUGUGUGAGUUAAAAAGUUUGAAGAACAUUUCUAUCUAUGAUAAUCAAUUCACAGGAAUCAUUCCUCAAUGUUUGGGAAUCAACGGUAGUCUCGUGCAAAUUGACUUUACAAACAGUGGUCUUGUCGGUGCGAUCCCUCCUAACAUUUGUUUCAAAAAUCAGUUGGUGGCUAUGACAUUGGGCUAUAAUAUGCUUAGUGGAGCAAUACCUCCGGGAGUUGGGAACUGUUCAAGUUUGCAGAGGUUGAUUCUUAAUAACAACAAUCUUAGUGGCUCAAUUCCAGAAUUUUUCCAGUCAUCAAGUUUGUCAUAUAUUGAUUUAAGUUUCAACAAGUUGAAUGGACAAAUUCCUCAAAGUGUAGGGAAUUGUGUGAAUCUCACUAUGAUAAAUUGGUCAGGGAACAAGAUUGAAGGGCCAAUACCUCGACAAAUAGGAAACUUAGCAAACCUCCAAGUUUUAAAUCUGUCCAACAACAAUUUGUCCGAUUCACUGCCUUUUGAAAUUUCAAAAUGCCAUAAGCUAUAUAUGUUAGACUUGGGAUGCAACUCUUUGACUGGCACAGUACCAACAAGUUUGGACAACUUAAGGCUUCUCUCUCAAUUGAUAUUGCAGGGCAAUCAAUUUAGUGGUGGAAUUCCAUCUUACCUUUCUGGGUUAAAUAGUCUGUUCAAGCUGCAGUUAGGAGGAAACAAGUUGGAAGGACAGCUUCCAGUUGAGUUGGGGAAUUUGGAUAUGCUACAGAGCUUAGAUAUUUCUUUUAAUAACCUAUCAGGAAAUUUGAUGCCUUUGGGCAAUCUCAAUUCAUUGACAUACAUCAAUGUUUCAUACAAUAGUUUCGACGGUCCACUGCCGAGAGGAUUGCUUAAGUUUUUAGAAUUAUCGCCAAGCUCAUUUAUGGGAAAUCCUAAACUCUGCAUCUCUUGUCAGAUAGGUGACUCGACAUGCACAAAUAUCACCAUACUGGAACGAUGCAGCUCAUCGAAUAAUAAAUCCAAAGGCUUGUCCAAGAUCAAGAUUGUAAUCAUAGCUCUUGCUUCAGUUUUGCUCUGUGCUCUAGUCCUAUUUCUUGCAGGAUUUUUCUUUCUCAGAUGUAAGAAAAAGAAAGACGAUGGCAGUGCAUCCUUAUAUGGAGAUUCUUCUUUUCUACUAAACAAAGUGAUUGAAGCCACCGAAGAUUUCAGUCAGAAAUAUGAAAUCGGUAGAGGAGCUCAUGGGAUAGUCUACAAGGUGGCCUUCGACACAGGAGAAUUAUAUGCUGCAAAGAAGAUUGCUUUUGCAGGCCAGAAAGGAUCGAAUCCAAGCAUUAUAAGGGAAAUCGAAACUAUUGGUAAAAUCAGACAUCGAAAUUUAGUGAAAUUGGAGAAUUUUUGGUUGGAAGGCGAAUAUGGCUUGAUAUUGUAUGAGUAUAUGGCAAACGGUAGCCUACAUGAUGUUCUCCAUGAGAUCAAGCCGGCACCACUCCUCGACUGGAAGGUGAGGUACCAAAUAGCUGUUGGCAUUGCCCACGGGCUCGAUUAUCUUCACAACGACUGCAGCCCUGCGAUCAUCCACCGUGACAUAAAGCCUAGAAACAUAUUGUUGGAUGCUGAUAUGGUACCACAUAUCUCGGAUUUCGGGAUCGCUAAGCUUCUUGAUGAGAGUUCGACUCAGACAACUGCUAUCAUGGGCACCAUAGGUUAUAUUUCACCAGAGGUCGCCUACACAACUAGAAAGGGCAAGGAGUCAGAUGUGUAUAGCUACGGAGUCGUCUUGCUUGAACUAAUAACUAGGAAGAUGGCCGUGGACCCUUCCUUCCCUGAUGGUGUGGACAUAGUAGGAUGGGUAACUUCCUCCUUAGAUGUGGCUAGUAAAAUAGAAGCUGCCGUGGACAAAGACCUUGCGAGCGAAGUCAUGGGCACUUCCGAAACCGAAGAAGUGAACAAGGUGCUUUCUUUGGCUAUGAGGUGUGUAACGAGGGAGGCAAGCAAGCGGCCUUCAAUGCAUAAUGUUGUUAGGGAACUGCAAGAUAUCAAGUCCAUAUUUAUUGUUUCUCAGAAAUAG